CCCAAACGCCAGCUGUCCUAAAUAUGAGAGUAUUUCAAAGAUUUAAUUCUCAAAGUUGUUCGUUCUGAUUACAUGUUCUCGUUUCAUGGUUCCCUUUCGUUGUUUUCAAGCUUAAAAAAAAAAAAAAAAAACUUUGAAAGUCUUUUUAAUUUCCAUGCAAAGCCAAAUUGGAGAUGCAUAUACGACACUUUCACAGAAAAUUUUCUGCUUCUUUGCCCCUCUGGUUCCCCUGCAAUUUCCUUCUCCAAUGGAAACCCAUCUUUGGUACAUAAUGCCCGAUGAGGUGAAGAGUGUGGCUCUUCUAAAUCAGUAUUCUGAACUCUUAUCACCAUGUGAAAGGGAGAGUGUUAACCGCAUGGGUGGAGACCAGCUGAAGAAAGGAGCUCUGCUUGCUCAAGCUUUGGUUCGCACCAUCGUUGCCAGAUAACCGACAAAUUGUCAAAUGAAUCCACGAUCUUUGAAAUUUAGGAAGAACAUCUGUGGGAAGCCUGAGGUUGAAUGGCAAAAUGAGGACAACUUCAGCCCACCACCCUUGCAUUUCAAUAUCUCACACACAUCUUCUAUGAUUGCUUGUGGUGUGACAGUAAAUGUGCCAAUUGGCAUUGAUGUUGAAGAGCAGCAAAGAAGGAUAAAGAGCAAUAUUGUAGCCUUUGCUCAACGCUAUUUUUCUCCUUGUGAAGUGAAACAUUUAACUGCUAUAUCAGACCCUGAAGUUCAGAGUCAGGAGUUUAUCAAAUUAUUGACUCUCAAAAAGGUAUAUGCAAAAGCAUUGGGAAAAGGCUUUUCAGCUGUGCCUUUCAAGACCUUUACUAUUCGAUUUAGGGCUACAGCUAUAACGAGCUUUCAUCCUCCUGGAAAUUCAGUUUCUGAGGUUUGUACCUGAAAUAUUUUGGUGUAUUAUGGAAUAUAAAUAGCUCUUGGUUAUUGCUGGGGUAUGGAAAAAUGAAAAAAAGAAAAAGUACCACUGAAAGCUUGAUUUGGGCCUCUGGAAAUGAAUGCUGCAUGUUUUUAUGUUGGUUAUGAUCUGACGUAUACCACUGAAUUGUAUCAAAAGUUUUUGAUUGAACACUAGUCACAUCGACAGCCAUCUGAGGUAAUUGUUGAAUCAUCUGAUGACCCCACGAACCUCACUAACGACUGGCAAUUUGCGCUUCUGGAAGUGGCUGGUUCUCAUUAUGCCUCCAUUUGAAUAGGAAAGGAUGAAACUGUUGGAUGUUGGAUUCUGGUACUUAAUUGGUUUAAGAUACUUUUAGAAUACAUGGUUGCUAAAGUGAUAACAUUUUUGUUCCUAAGUGAAGCACGAACGCCGACGAAGCUGACUGUGUGGAAAACCAUUCCAUUUGUUGAAGAUUUUUGUGUCUCUGGAACUGGUAAAGUUCUAGCCCUAGGUGGCAUAAUUGAGCAAUAGCAGCCAUGCACUGCUAAUUAUUUUUGGCCAAUUACUGAUAUAUGAGAUGCAAUUAGCAAAUCUUGCAAUAUGUAAUGGCAGAGGCAUGAAAUACAAUUCAUUUUCACCCUUGCCACUCUAUUUGCUCUUUGUAAAUUGUAUUAAAAUGUAUUAUCUGUAUCCCCUUGUUUAUGCAA